AUCUUUAGUAACCAUUGAUCGUAAUUUUAUAUCGGGUUGUUAUUUAUAUGGUUGAUGAACUUCCCCUGCUAUUUUUACUUCUUGUUUGUUGGAUUUCAAUUUGAUUCUGCCGAUUUUUGGGAUUUCAAUUUAUGAUUCCACUCAGGUGAAAAAUUCGGGUUGAAUAUGGAUGAGGGUCCGACUGGAUGGGUGCCCACUUCAUGGGAGGAGCUUUAUAACGUAAAGUUGGUGCCUUCAGAGUUGUUUGUCAAGUUCAGGAAAGAAUUCGAAAGGUUUCGUGCUGGCGUCGAUUUGGGAUAUUUUUUGCUUCAUUAUUCUGGCAUUUCAUUGUCGGGCAGUUCCUUUUUGGCACUGCUUAUAGUAGUGAUUGUUUUGGUUUUUUAUUUAUCUCUGUUGUGUUGAUUGUAAUUGGAUUGUCUGGAAAUACUGGAAUGUAACUUUUAAUUUAACGAGUUUUGUUUGAUCAAGUGGCAAUCAUAUGUUUGUGGUUAUUAACUGCUUUUUGAGGCCAUGAUAAUUGAGAAUACUUUAUUUGUGCUUCAGCCAAUUACUGCACUCUUAGAGAAAGGUUGAAUCUUUUCAUCAUUGUUCCAUUUGCUUGAAUUCGUUCUUCUUUUUGUGAUAUUAACUUGCUGGCUCCUGAUGAUAUCGACAAUGUUAGAAGCUAUGUCGGGCAAGAUUCCUGAUCUCUAAUGCAUACUUUAUUUUCAGAUACGCUGAAUCGGACGUUUUUGAUUGGUUUGAAAUUCUGGAGUCAGUGCCUGGCAGAGAUUAGAAGUAGGAUUUUGGCAUGAAAAUGAUAGGGCGCACGACAGACAGCAGUAUGAUUCUUGUUGCCCUCUGGCUUUACUCCAUGACUGAACCAUAGAAAACUUCCAUACUAUGGAUAGAAAACUUUAUUAUCUCCUUGCUGUUGAGCUCUGGCGUGAUCUGUAUGAAUCUGCGCAAAUCCUGUCGUUUUGGCUAUGGAUUGAGCAACUAGGAUUCAAAAAGUUCAUCUCAUUUCUGUUGUCUUUGCACCCUCCGGAGAUAGAUGAAUAUGCUGAUGAGGCCGUAACAUGCUUGAGAUGCAUGAAGAACCAUCGGUUUGUUAUUCGUGCUGAAGGUAACGUCCUUCCAUUGACUUCUAGCCUUCUCAAUCACAAGAUAUCUCUCCAAUUUUUUCAUGAGAAUCGAGCCACCACAGUGAGGGAACUUCACAAGAUUGUUAGUGAACUCUGUGUCAAGGUUUUACCAGAUCUUAUAGAGGAUGCUUUCAAGAAGCAUGCUAUAUUCGAUUCCUUGACUGAUGACUUGGCCAGCUUGGGUUUUGUUGAUGAAAAGUCCGUGAGAAAUCGUCGUGCUGGCACAUCAACCGAGGAUAGAGCCCUGUUCAUCACCUUUUCAAAGGGCUAUCCUGUUAGUGAAGCAGACGGUAGGGGUUUCUUUGCUGCACUUUUCGGGGACUGCUUCGAGGCUUGCUACAUGCAAUCUGCAAACAAUGCUCAUGACCAACCCGUCUAUGCUAAAGUUGUUUUUAGCAGCCGUGCAACUAUCGACCAGAUUCUCAAUGAUGCUGCGAAAGCGAAAUUCAAAAAUCAAUGGGAAGCAUCUUUGGGCGCGCAAGUUCAUGCAGAAAUUCAGGACUUCCCAAUAGAUGAUGAUUUUGGCGAAGAAACUCUGGCUUAUUUGUACUUUUCCUUUCCUAUAUGUUUAAUCUUUAGUCUGUCUUGACUCUUUGAGUCUUGUUUUUAGUCAAAAAAGUGUACUGGAGUGAAUGCCAGCACUGAUGUAAAACUGCAUGCAUAUUGUUUGAUGCUUUUGGAAUUCAAGUCUG